ACUGCCUCUCUCCACAGCGAUGGCAGACCCUUUCUGUGCUGGCGGAGGCCGCCGGCUCCCAGGGCCCAGCAAGAGCGGGCGAGACGGUGGCCGGAACGAGCUUCGACUCUCUUCACUGCACGAGCCGCCAAGGCUGGGGAUGCCCGUGGCCCGCGGCGGGCAGACGCUCCCUGGCCAGGCCCCACUCUGCUUUGAGCCAGGAAGUGCCGCCAGCGACAGGACCGAAGGCAAGAAAAAGGGGCGUCCGAAAGCGGAGAACCAGUCGCUCAGGGACAUCCCGCUCUCCCUGGUCAACCAGUGGAAAGAUGAGUUCAAGGCGCACUCGAGGGUGAAGUGUCCAAACUCGGGGUGCUGGCUGGAGUUCCCCAGCAUCUACGGGCUCAAGUACCAUUACCAGCGGUGCCAAGGGGGCGCCAUCUCUGAGAGACUGACCUUCCCCUGCCCCUUCUGCGAGGCUGCCUUCACCUCCAAGACCCAGCUGGAGAAGCACCGGCUCUGGAACCACACGGACCGGCCCCUGCCCACCCCCAAGCCUGGGCCCGUCAGCCGGCCGGUUGCCAUCAGCCGGCCGGUCGGCGUCAGCAAGCCCAUCGGAGUGAGCAAACCAGUGGCUCUAGGCAAACCUGUGGGGGUCAGCAAGCCCAUUGGCAUCAGCAGGCCCGUGCCGGUCACCAAGUCUGGGCCGGUCAGCAGGCCCGUGACGGUCAGCAGGCCCGUGCCCGUCUCCAAGCCGGUAUCAGUGACGAAGCUCGUGACGGUCACGAAACACGUGCCGAUCACAAAGCCUGUGACGGUCAGCAGGCCCCUGGUGGUCAGCAAGCCGGUGACGGUCAGCAGGCCCCUGGCCGUGGGCAGGCACACCCCGCCCUGCAAGAUGGUGCUGCUGAGCAGGUCUGAGAACAAGGCCCCCCGCGCCGUGGGCAGGAGCGGCAGUAAGAAAAGGGCUGCGGACAGCCUGGACACCUGCCCCAUCCCGCCCAAGCAAGCAAGGCCAGAGAACGGGGGGUACGGCCCGUCGGCCCCUGGUCAGAGCUCAGCCCUCCUGCUGGGCGUGGGGGCCAGGCCCCUGGCCGGCAAGGAGGUGGCGCGGGCCACGGGCCCCGUCUCCCCGUCAGAGGAGGGCGCCGAGCGGACGAAGCACAGAAGGAAACAGAAGACACCCAAGAAGUUUACAGGAGAGCAGCCGUCCAUCUCCGGGACCUUCGGGCUCAAAGGCCUGGCCAAGGCGGAGGACAAGUCCCGUGCACACCGGGCCAAGAAGCAGGAGGGGCCCGGACCCGAGGACGUGCGGAAGAAGGUGGCCCCCGCCGGCACGGAGGCACCAGGCCCUGCGGCCCACCCCGCCCCAGGAGGCCCCGAGGAGCCCUGGCUGCAGGCCAUCCACGAGCGGGGCGAGGCCCUGUGCCCCACCUGCAAGGUGGUCACCCGGAAGACCCUGGCCGGGCUGCAGAAGCACAUGGAGGUGUGUCAGAAGCUGCAGGACGCGCUCAAGUGCCAGCACUGCCGGAAGCAGUUCAAGUCCAAGGCGGGCCUCAACUACCACACGAUGGCCGAGCACAGCGCCAAGCCCUCGGACCUCGAGGCCGCCGAGCUGAGUGAGCAGGAGGAGCGGGAGAGGCUGCGCAAAGUGCUGAAGCAGAUGGGGCGGCUGCGCUGCCCCCAGGAGGGCUGUGGGGCCGCCUUCUCCAGCCUCAUGGGCUACCAGUACCACCAGCGGCGCUGUGGCAAGCCGCCGUGCGAGGUGGACAGUCCCUCCUUCCCGUGCGCCCACUGCAGCAAGACCUACCGCUCCAAGGCCGGGCACGACUACCACAUGCGCUCGGAGCACGCUGCCCCGCCCCCUGAAGAGGCUGAGGACAAGCCCCCUGAAGGGGAGGACCUGUUGGGCGUGGAGCGGACCCCCAGCGGCCGCAUCCGCCGCACCUCGGCCCAGGUGGCCGUGUUCCACCUGCAGGAGAUCGCAGAGGACGAGCUUGCUCGGGACUGGACCAAGCGGCGGAUGAAGGAUGACCUGGUGCCCGAGACCGCCAGGCUGAACUACACCCGGCCGGGGCUCCCCACGCUCAGCCCCCAGCUGCUGGAGGCCUGGAAGAGCCAAGUCAAGGACCGAGGCCACGUGAACUGCCCCAAUGAUUGCUGCGAAGCCAUCUACUCCAGCGUGUCCGGCCUCAAGGCCCAUCUCGCCAGCUGCAGCAAGGGCGACCACCUGGUGGGGAAGUACUGCUGCCUGCUGUGCCCCAAGGAGUUCAGCUCGGAGAGCGGCGUCAAGUACCACAUCCUCAAGACGCACGCCGAGAACUGGUUCCGCACCUCCGCAGACCCUCCACCCAAAGCCCGGAGCCAGGAGGCACCGGCCGCCAGGAACGAGCAGGGCAGCCUGGCAGGUGGGCGGAAACGCGGGCGCAAGCCCAAGGAGCGGCCAGCCGAGGAGCCCCCCCCAAGACAACCCCCUCCCCAGGACGACUGGUCCCUGGGAGGCAGAGACAAGGGAGCUCGGGCCUCCACUGGCCGCAAAGUGGGAGCCGGCAGGGCACCCGAGAAGUGAGUGGGCAGGCGGGCC